UCAGCUGUCAAUUGUGAAUAGUUUGUUGUUGUGAGUGUUGUUAAAAAAAAGGAUAAACUUUUUCUUGUACGAAUUUGCAUUAUUUUCUCUAAGAUUGCAGUUUCAUCAAUCUAGUGACAAUGGAUAUAUAUGGAUAUCCUGGUUUUUCUUAUAAUCAGUCGGAUGAACUGGCAAAACAAAUGUAUGCGCAUCAGGCCCUGGCUUCGUCAAUACCUGGCUACAAUCGGGCGUUAGCAGAGCCCCAUAAUAUGCCUGCGCCCACAGGAACGCCAUGGAACGUCCAAGGUCUGCCUUGGGGUAUGCCAUCACCUCCUCAGCUGGUCCAGUUUACUGGUCAACCACAACUCAUGGAGCCAAAAAUUAGUCCUGUGAUCCAUUGCAAGAGAAAAAGCCUGGACGUGGAACCAGUCAUACCAGCAAAACAGUUGAUAACUGAAGAGAAAAUGGCCGCCCAUCUGAACAGUCUUCACAUAUCAUCAGAGUACACAACGCAUGCCCUCUCUACAUCACAGGAUGUCAUGGAUGUUGGCAUGGAGCCCGUCAGUGAGAAACUCAAAGGUCACACAAUAGUCCUGUCUGAAGAACUCAAGAAGUUACAGGAAGAACCUUUAUUACCAGCUGCUCUUAUUGAUAGAUUGGAGAAACCACACAUGUCUCUAGUAGUAUGGAAGCCCAGAGAGAGUAUCCUAGCCAACAUCCAAGAAGAGAAGAAAGAGGAUGAGAAACAUCCGCAGAAGAGGAACGGACUCCUCGUAACACCAAACCACCAAUCGGAUGACGUAGAGAUGUGAUAUUGUAACUAAAGUUACUCUUAAGACUUGAACUUUGUACCUAUAUUAACAUUAUAUGUAAGUAUGUCAGUCAGUUUUAAAGAUUAUUUGGUGCAGUGAUGGUCCUGUGUACAUGUGACAAAUUGAAUUGUGACUUAAUAGUGUGGUGAUAUAGUUUAUAUUUCUUUGUUAGUGUACAGAAAGUUUGAUAUAAUGCUUGUCGUAGAAAUUUGAACUUUGUCAACACACUUUUAAAUUGUGAUUCUUUUUCUGGUAUAAUAUAUCUUGUUGUGUUACAGUAAAUGUGCAUAGGGCCUAGUUUUGAAUGUUUUUCUGAUGAUUCAGUGAGCUGUUUUAAUUAAUAAUUAUCCGUAAUCUGAAUUAAUUUUUUUAAUAAGUGUCACAUUAUGUCUUAUGUAAUUCGAAUUCAUAGAUGUUCAGUUUAUGUAGUGGAAUUGUGCACAAAUAAAAA